CCUCCCGGCUCAUUCCAUUGCCAACUCUCAUAGGAAAACAUUCUCAUAUUUUACUUAGGUUUCAACAAAGAAAUAAAAAAAGAGUUAAAAACUACUACUUUCUUUGAUUUUUAGGGCUUAUAACAAAAACUUUUUUCGUAAAGAUCAUGAAGCUCAUCUUGGUGACUUUCCUGCUUGUUUCUCUUGUUCUCAGCUCCUCUUUCUUUGAGGUGUCAAUGGCCGGUUCAGGUUUCUGCGACUCAAAGUGUAAGGUGAGGUGCUCAAAGGCAGGGGCAAAAGACAGGUGCUUGAAGUACUGCGGGAUUUGCUGCAAGAAAUGCAAGUGUGUUCCAUCUGGGACAUAUGGGAACAAGCAGGAGUGUCCCUGCUACAGGGACAUGAAGAACUCUAAGGGUAAGCCCAAGUGCCCUUAGAUUGUUUCCUAGCUACUUGCAUUCCUGUUCCUUUUCCCCAUAACAAUGUAGUAAAAACUGUGCAAGCCUACGUUUGCUCGUGGGACUAAACAUUUGAGAGUCAUGGAAGAGGAACCAUUAAAGGUUUCUAUUAAGCUAUAAAUAAGGUUUAUGUAAGUCAAAUUUACCUGUUAAAUAAGUAUUUUUAAGUCUUAGAUAUUGCACUAUCAAAGGAAUAAUAACUGGUGUCCUUCUGCUGGUUUA